GAAGAACAACCCUCCCAACAGCUCUCACAGUCGCAUCACAGGCUUGUACGACUUUUGACGACAUCCUUCCUUCAGAGGUUGUUCUGUACUCAUAUUCUCAUCUGACAAUUGUAAAAUUUAGACGCCAUGGUUAACUUCACAGUAGAUCAAAUCCGUGGCCUCAUGGACCGGCCGACAAAUAUCCGUAACAUGAGUGUCAUCGCUCAUGUCGAUCACGGAAAGUCCACCCUCACGGACUCUCUGGUAUCGAAAGCGGGUAUCAUUGCGUCGUCCAAGGCCGGCGACAUGCGGUUUACGGAUACGAGAGACGAUGAAAAAGAACGUGGUAUCACUAUCAAAUCCACGGCCAUCUCCAUGUAUUUCGAGGUGGACAAGGAGGAAUUGCCUUCCAUCAAGCAAAAGACUGAGGGCAACGAGUUCUUGAUCAACUUGAUUGACUCCCCCGGGCACGUCGAUUUCUCAUCCGAGGUCACGGCAGCCCUCCGUGUCACCGACGGUGCUCUCGUCGUCGUCGAUUGCAUUGAAGGUGUCUGUGUCCAGACUGAGACAGUUCUGCGACAGGCCCUAACGGAGCGUAUCAAACCCGUCGUUGUUAUCAACAAAGUUGAUCGUGCCCUGCUCGAACUGCAAGUUGACAAGGAAUCCCUCUUCCAGUCCUUCUCGCGUACCGUUGAGAGUGUGAACGUUAUCAUCUCCACGUACCAUGACGAAGCCCUCGGUGACGUCCAGGUCUACCCCGACAAGGGUACCGUCGCCUUCGGUUCUGGACUCCACGGAUGGGGUUUCACCCUCCGACAAUUCGCUGCCCGAUACGCCAAGAAGUUCGGUGUGGACAAGGAAAAGAUGAUGGCCAAGCUGUGGGGUGAUAACUUCUUCAACCCUGCUACGCGCAAAUGGACCACCAAACCUACUGGUGCUGAUGGAAAGCCCCUCGAACGUGCUUUCAACAUGUUCGUUCUCGAUCCCAUCUUCAAGAUCUUCGAUUCCGUGAUGAACUUCAAGAAGGACGCUAUUGGUCCCAUGUUGGAGAAGCUCGAUAUCAAGCUUGCUCAGGAUGAGCGUGAUCUUGAGGGUAAAGCUCUCCUUAAGGUCGUCAUGCGAAAAUUCCUUCCCGCUGGUGAUUCUCUCUUGGAGAUGAUAGUCAUCAACCUUCCUUCGCCCGCUACCGCGCAGCGCUACCGUGUGGAGACCCUCUACGAAGGUCCUAUGGAUGACGAGUCCGCCAUCGGUAUCCGCGACUGUGACCCCAAGGGUCCUCUCGUCCUCUACGUCUCCAAGAUGGUGCCCACCUCCGAUAAGGGCCGAUUCUACGCCUUUGGUCGUGUCUUCUCUGGAACUGUCCGCUCAGGACCCAAAAUCCGUAUCCAGGGACCCAACUAUCUCCCCGGAAAGAAGGACGACUUGUUCAUCAAGUCCAUCCAGCGUACAAUUUUGAUGAUGGGUCGUUACAUUGAGCCUAUUGAGGAUUGCCCAGCUGGAAACAUUGUCGGUCUCGUUGGUAUCGAUCAGUUUUUGUUGAAGAGCGGUACCCUGACGACGUCAGAAACUGCGCACAACAUGAAGGUCAUGAGGUUCUCCGUCUCCCCUGUCGUCCAGGUUGCUGUUGAGGUCAAGAACGCUGCUGACCUUCCCAAGCUUGUCGAAGGUCUUAAGCGUCUCUCUAAAUCCGACCCUUGUGUCCAGGCUUGGAUUUCUGAGACUGGCGAGCACAUCGUUGCUGGUGCUGGUGAGUUGCACUUGGAAAUCUGUCUCAAGGAUCUCCAAGAAGACCACGCCGGUGUUCCUCUCAAGAUCUCCGACCCUGUUGUGCCUUAUCGUGAGACCGUGAAGGCCGAGUCCACCAUCGUUGCUUUGUCCAAGUCCCAGAAUAAGCACAACCGUUUAUAUGUCAAGGCUAUGCCCAUCGACGAGGAGCUUACGAAAGCUAUCGAGGAGGGUAAAGUCAGCUCUCGUGAUGAUUUCAAGGCUCGCGCCCGUGUCCUCGCUGACGAGUACGGCUGGGAUGUCACCGAUGCCAGGAAGAUUUGGUGUUUCGGUCCUGAUACCACUGGACCCAACUUGAUGGUCGAUGUCACCAAGGGUGUGCAGUACCUCAACGAAAUCAAGGAUUCUUGUGUUGCUGCCUUCCAGUGGGCGACCAAGGAAGGUGUUUGCGCCGAAGAGAACAUGCGUGGUGUUCGUUUCAACAUUCUUGAUGUGACGCUCCAUGCCGAUGCUAUUCACCGUGGUGGAGGACAGAUCAUCCCUACGUGUCGUCGUGCCUGUUAUGCUGCUUGCUUGCUCGCAACUCCUGGUCUCCAAGAGCCUGUCUACCUUGUGGAGAUCCAGUGUCCCGAGAACGCCAUCGGUGGUAUCUACAGUUGCUUGAACAAGAGGCGUGGCCAGGUCUUCAGUGAAGAGCAGAGGCCAGGAACACCCAUGUUCACCGUCAAGGCUUAUCUCCCUGUCUCCGAGUCCUUCGGCUUCAAUGGUGAGCUUCGCUCGCAUACGGCUGGACAGGCCUUCCCCCAGUGUGUGUUCGAUCACUGGGAAAUCAUGAGCGGAUCUCCCCUUGACAAGGGCUCCAACAUCGAGAAAAUCGUUCACCAAAUCCGAACACGCAAGGGUCUCAAGAUGGAGAUUCCUCCCCUCGAUACUUACUACGACAAGCUGUAAAUGUCCAACUUGUACUUUUCAUCUUUUUCCCAUUUGUACACCGUGGAGUAUCGAGCUGCCAGUAGUUGAAUUUCUUUGUACUGUGACAUGAAACAAUCAAUCGCACUGAUAUCUGUUCCGUCAACAAAUUAACGUGAGCAGGGCAUUCAUUGAAUGAUAAGCUAGAGUGCGUUUACAUUGAGUAGACUGUUCCAUCUGAUUUCGAACAAUCACAAUUGUCAUUUGAAUCAUCGACACUUGAAUAUACAUGCAGGUCGAGUGUUGCC